AUGUCACGGAUAUCGCCUCUUUUUCGCCAACGGCUAAUUCUUGCAGCUAGAGUAGCUGCAGGAGUCUCAAUCACUGGCGCAGCAAGCUUUCACCUCGUCACAAGAAAAUGUUACUUUGAGCCCUUUGGACCGGAGAAUGGCAGAUCGUUGUAUGAGCAUCCGCUGCUGAAGAAGAUCAAUCCUUGGAAUAAACCGGGCUCCGCCGACUCAUGCGUGAGAGAGGUGCCGUUCAACAAUCUGGAUAAGGUGAUGCUGGAAGAUGCAAAGAAGGGAGGAACAAAGUUGGUUGAAAGGUUCAUGGCGGGAACGUGGGGAGGAUUUGGUUAUGGUAUUCAGAGAAGGAUUAUGACAUUUUUCAAGAACGAGGCGAACAAGAACGACUUGUGGGACAAGAAGGAUCUUCUGGCAUCUACCUAUGAGCCAGGCACAUAUUUCACCAACCAUUUCGUUGUCCUCUCAAAAACACCAACAUGUAUCACAUUGAGAGGAUGCUUCGAUCCUCACCAGUCACCGCCUUCGCCCAUGGAUGUUGAUAAUCUCGUUGAGAUUCGCGCGGAGCUAGAUGAAAUGAGACAGGUGGCCGUACUCAAACUUCAGGUCAUCACGUUUGAUGGAAGGAAAGAAGCGAGUGACAAGGAGGACCUUUUUGGUGGAGUUGGAGGAUGGCUUCACAGACGGUAUUCUACGUUACUCGUGGAAUCGGGAGCCAGGAACUUACACGACGGACCUGAAGCUGAACAUCAUAAUUAUGUACAAUAUCCAGUCAUCCCACUCAUAGCUACGGCGCCUACCAACGGCCGUUUCAAUUCCAAUUGGCAUUCAUCGAUAACAUCGACCGGUGCUGCAAUAUCUGGCGGUAUUCUUGCAGCAUUCCUUCUUGCAACACUUCUUAGUGCGACAGCAGAAGUUGCCAAUGGAGCACUUUCGGGGAAACUUGGCAGGGCAGACUUUGGCAGCGAGUUGGAGAGCCUCGCCGUGGGAGAGGCUGUAGCCGUCUUCCCCGGAGGUAGCGAGGUCCGGAAGACCCUCGGCAGUGCUGAUGGCGGGGCCAGCAGCGGCAAGGGGGAUGAGGAGGAGGAGAGUGGUGGUGAACUUCAUUAUGAGAAACUGCGAUGUUAA